AAAAAAAGAGAGAGAAAAAUUAUGGAGGUGAGUGUUGUGGUCCUCACACUCUCACACUGGCUUCUUUUUCACUUUUUAUUCUUCUACUAUAGUUCCACCACAUCCCCAACUUCUUUAGUAUCUCCCUCCUCUUUGCUCUUUAUAAGAGAACCCAAUUUCAUUUACUUUCAUUCUUCAAUGUUCUUCUGUUAUUAUAGCUGCUUUACUUUUGUGGGUGUUCCAUGGAUUUGGGUAAAAUUGAGAGGAAUAGGCAGAGAAUGGUGAUAGGGAAGGAGAAAGUGAUGGUGGUGAAGAAGGAAGAAAGAGAUGAGGAAUAUGAGCAAGUUGGGUGCUUGGAGGAGGAUAAGAAGAGAAAAGGAGUUGUAGGUGGUGGUGGUGGUGGGUCUGGUAGGAAAGGCUCAGGAGGUGGUGUUGGGGGUUUGAGGUGUUGCCAAGCUGAGAAGUGUACUGCUGAUCUGACUGAUGCAAAGCAGUAUCAUAGGAGACAUAAGGUUUGUGAGAUUCAUGCUAAGGCUCAAGUUGUGGUUGUGGGAGGUUUGAGGCAAAGGUUUUGCCAGCAAUGCAGCAGAUUUCAUGAGCUAUCAGAAUUUGAUGAAACCAAACGGAGUUGUCGCAGGCGUUUGGCAGGACACAAUGAACGGCGAAGAAAGAAUUCAGCAGAGUCUCCUGCGGAAAGCUCAAGCCACAAGGGUUCAAGUCCUCAGUUGAAAGAUAUUGUUUGUGGGAAGGUUGAUGAUAGGGGGAGAAUUCAGAUAUCCAUCCAAGAAAAUGCCACUUACAAGCAUUUCCAGAUCAGAUAAGACUUGAGCCAAGUGGUUUCGAAACAUGCUCUCUCUCUUCUGUCACCCUUAAAACUGUAAUGACAUAUUUGAGAUUUCAAUUUAGUUGAAACAGAAGUAUGGCAUUGUCAUAUGCACUUUGUUUCACUCUUAAGUAUGUAACUGCAGUUACAGGCAUAAACUAUUAUGUGUUUCGCAUUAAUCUAAUAUAUUUUGCAAGGCUAGAAAAUAUUGCUCUUAUUCUUCACCA